UGUGAGAGACUCUUUACAACACUGAAACCUACACCACCUAGAGCUUUUUUAUUAAUCACUACUAUUGAACUUUCAUAGGAACAUGGGAAUUUGGGAAUAUACUCUAUAUUUUACCACCACAACCUGCCUAUGGAGUGUGUCACUUCAGGGAGAGCAGCAGAGGAGACUCUACAGAGACUUGAUGAAAGACUAUAACCCGCUGGAGAGACCUGUGUUUAAUGACACACACUCACUCACUGUGUAUUUCAGCUUCAGUCUCAUGCAGAUUAUGGAUGUGGAUGAGAAGAAUCAAGUACUUACAACCAACAUUUGGUUACAGCUGUACUGGCAUGACUACUAUCUUCAGUGGAACACUUCGGAAUAUCCCGGAGUGACGAGCGUACGAUUUCCUGACAGUCAGAUCUGGAAGCCUGACAUCUUACUGUAUAACAGUGCUGAUGAAAGGUUCGAUGCUACAUUUCAUACUAAUGUGCUGGUGAAUUCCUCUGGUGCCUGCCAAUACCUACCACCAGGGAUAUUCAAAAGCACCUGCUACAUCGAUGUUCGCUGGUUCCCCUUUGAUCUUCAGAGGUGUGAUUUGAAGUUUGGCUCCUGGACGUAUGGGGGAUGGUCUCUGGACCUGCAGAUGAUUGAUGCUGAUGUCACAGGAUAUAUUGCAAAUGGAGAGUGGGACCUUGUGGAGGUUCCAGGUCGAAGGAAUGAGAGAUUCUAUGACUGCUGCAAGGAGCCGUACCCAGAUGUGACUUUCACGGUGGUGAUGCGGAGACGGACGCUAUACUACGGUUUAAAUCUGCUUAUUCCCUGUGUACUCAUCUCUACUCUGGCCCUGCUGGUCUUCCUCCUGCCUGCUGACUCAGGCGAGAAGAUCUCUCUCGGGAUCACAGUCCUGCUCUCACUGACAGUUUUCAUGCUUCUGGUAGCAGAAAUAAUGCCGGCAACAUCAGACUCUGUGCCUUUAAUAGCUCAGUAUUUUGCCACCACCAUGGUUAUUGUUGGCCUGUCUGUGAUAGCCACAGUCUGGGUAUUACAAUACCACUACCAUGAUCCGGAUGGAGGAAAAAUGCCAAAAUGGACCCGUGUGGUGCUGUUGAACUGGUGUGCAUGGUUCCUGAGGAUGAAGAGGCCUGGCGAGGACAGAGUUCGCUCAGCGUGUCACAAUAAGCAGCCACGCAGUAGCCUUUCCAGUGUGGAUCUGAACAUCAGCACUGGAGCCGCACAGUCCACCAACGGAAACCUGCUGUACAUCGGCUUCCGUGGAAUGGACACUAUUCACUAUGCCACUUCACCCGAUUCGGGGGUGAUCUGCAGCCGGCUUGUUGGCACAGGUGAGGAGGAUGUGCUGCUCCCUGGGGCUCAAGCGUCUUCUGUUAGUAGCGGCCCUGGAGAAAGUGAAUUGUCCAAAAUCUUGGAUGAAGUUCGAUACAUUGCCAAACGCUUCCGGGACCAAGACGAGGAGGUGACUAUGUGUAAUGAGUGGAAAUUUGCAGCAUCUGUCAUUGACCGUCUUUGUCUCAUGGCCUUUUCUCUGUUCACCAUCCUCUGCACCAUUGGCAUCCUAAUGUCUGCACCUAAUUUUGUAGAGGCCAUAUCCAAAGAUUUCUUUAACUGAAGCCUUUGCAUACUCUCUGUUGUAGUUAAUUUUAUUUCUCAGAGUCUCUUAAUUGUAGCAAUAUAUUUAUUUUAUAGAUUGUCUAGAAUUGACUUGAAGGAAUAGUUCAUCCAAAAAAGGAAAAUGUACUUUUAUUGUAAGGAAAAGAGCAACACGAACAUUGAAAUGAAUUAUACAGACAUGAGGGGAUGUAAAUGAUUUAUGAAAAUAUGAGCUGUUCCUCCAUGAUAUGGUCUCAACAUAUGUUUCUUAGUGUUUGUGUAUUAGUGUCUUUAUUAAAUGAUGUAUCAAUUGAAGUGUGCACCAGAGACAGGACUGUAGCCUCAAGUGCACUUUAUAUAUUUAUUUAUUGUUUGUUCUCAUAAAUGUAACCAUUUGCUUUACACAAGCAACAUGCAUCUAUGAAUUUCUGUAUUGUUAUAUCUGCCAUUUUGCUUCAUCUAUACUUAUCAAUGCUGUUGUAUUUCUUUAGUGUUACGUAAUGUAUUGUAACUGCUGGAGAACCAGUCAGUGAAUGUGAUGAUAUGAAGGUGGAGAUUUCUAACUUUUUUUUCUAAAUAUUUUACAGUAUAAUGACAAAUAAAUGUAUUUUUGUAGGUUUAUUAUUGCCAGACUCUGUUCCAUAUUUUGUGUUCUGUUUUGUGUUCUGUUGUCAAUUGUUCCUUGUCCUGGUUUUCCCACGUGCCUUCCUUUUGCUUUUUUUUUUUUUUUUCGUUCCUGUCCCCAUUUAUUUCUAUUUGUUCCAGGUCUCUCUUAUAAUUAGUUUUCCUCCUCACCUGUCUGCCUCUCGUUAUCUGCCCUAUUUGAGUUCUAGCCUGUUCUGUUCUUCCUGUAUGUAUGUAUGUAUGUA